UUGUGCUUUUGCAACUGUUUUCCAUUGCGUGUUCCGCCUUCGAGUUCUUGGAGCUCCUGGGCAUCCGUAGAAAACUGCUCCUGUAGUUUUUCGAGCGCCCAGCUAUCACACUUCACUCACACACUCACUCUGAGCGAAGUUGCAAGCUGAGCAAGACAACAUGAGCGACACUGCCAAGGACACAGUGACUCCUAAAGAUAAGGAUGGGGCAGAGAAAAGAGGCCGUGGAAGACCAAGGAAACACCCACAGGAGCCAAGUGGAUCCCCCACACCGAAGAGGCCGAGAGGCAGACCAAAGGGCAGCAAGAACAAGGCCGGCUCUACGGCACCCAAGGGCAAAAAAGCAGCUGCUGCGACAGCGUCUGCAGGGGGAAAACGCAGAGGACGACCUAAGAAAGCAGAGAAAGAAGAGCAGCCGUCCAAGUCUUCUGAGGAAGAGGAGGAGGAAGAGGAGGAGAAGUAAUUGUAGUUUUUCAGCGCUACCUCAUAAUUUCAAUAUUGUAACUUCCCGUCGACCAGAGCUGGACUGAACCACCCCUCCCCCGCUACCCCAGCAACAAACAACAAAACAAACCAGUGCCACUCCCCACCCCCCCACCUCCCUGCUAGCACCACCGCCUCCACCUCUACGCUCUGGCGCCCCCUGGUAACAGGGAGGCCUGCACACUACGUUGCGUCUUUUUUUUUUUUUUUUUUU